GCUUUCUGGCAGGCGCUGGCGACGACGCUUUCCGGCGGGAGGGUAGAAGCGGAAGGUAGCCCAGUGGAGGCGUGAGUUUGCCUCAGGGUGCUGCGGGCUUGGUCCGCGCACGGUGGGUCUCCGUUGCGACGUCGCCAGCCGGACUCAGCAUGCCGGGCGUGAAGCUGACCACCCAGGCCUACUGCAAGAUGGUCCUACACGGCGCCAAGUACCCGCACUGCGCCGUCAACGGGCUUCUGGUGGCCGAGAGGCAGAGGCCACGCAAGGAGCACCCGCCGGGCGCAGGCGCCCAUACUCUCUUCGUGGACUGCAUCCCGCUUUUCCACGGCACGCUGGCCCUGGCGCCCAUGCUGGAGGUGGCGCUCACUCUGAUUGACUCGUGGUGCAAAGAGAACAGUUAUGUGAUCGCCGGCUAUUAUCAAGCUAACGAGCGUGUGAAGGAUGCCAGCCCAAACCAGGUGGCAGAGAAGGUGGCCUCCAGGAUCGCCGAGGGCUUCAGUGACACCGCACUCAUCAUGGUGGACAAUGCCAAGUUCACGAUGGACUGCGCAGCACCUACCAUCCAUGUGUACGAGCACCAUGAGAACAGGUGGAGAUGCAGAGAUCCACACCACGACUACUGUGAAGAUUGGCCGGAGGCACAGAGGAUCUUGGCAUCACUCCUGGACAGCCGCUCCUAUGAAACGCUUGUGGAUUUUGAUAACCAUCUGGAUGACAUUCGGAACGACUGGACAAACCCUGAGAUCAACAAAGCAGUUCUGCACCUGUGCUAGACGAGGGCCAUGACAGCUGGACACUCCACCACAGAGAAGAGGAAAGCAUAUUUUUAAAUUUAGAGAAGUAAUCACUUAGCCUGAUGGGAAGCUGCAAGUCUGUGAUGUGUGCCUUGGAAGGGGAGUCCGGUCGGCGUCCUUCAGGGCAGGGCUGUGGAGAGGUUUGGUUCUUAGUCCUGUGCUGCCCAAUCCUGCCCAGCAGAGCUCUUUCUGCUUGUCCAGGUUGUUCCCAUUAAACAGUUCUAGCCUUUUAUAAUCUAGAGAGAACGCAUUUCAGUCUUUACUCUGGUGAGUGUAAGUCUUUGGCUGAGCCAUCUCCAGGCUUCAGGCAGCCUCGUGGACUGCUGGAGCAUCAUCUGAUCAGCGAAGGUGGUGUUGGGGCUAGGAGCUGUGGGCUGCACAGGGAAAGAGCCAGCACCAUUGCUUGAGACACCUCACUGUACCAUGAACACAAGCACACUGGUGUUGAUCCAUGCAGAGAUCCCAUGGAGAGAGGAAGCCUAGCCUAUGAACAUUCCCAAAGCCUGACUCAGCUGCUCUGGGUCUUCAGAAGGAGAGCUGCUUUGUAUUUAAAAUAAGCAAAAAACAAACAUACAAAAAAAAUCCUUAGUGUGCAAUGUCCCUGGGAUGUCCUGAGCAAUGUGCGUGUUAGCUUGAUCGUUUGACCAAGUGUUCUGACCAUCUUAGGAAAUAGUAAGCGGACUUUUGGUACAUUGUGUGUUGUCCUUUGUGAAUGUUUUACACAGAGAAUAGUGCCUUUCCUUAGGCUUCAUGAGGCUGGUGGCAAGGGUUGGUGACAGCAUUCGCCUGGCUCUAAGUGGGACAGCCAGGGUCACCUUAGUGAGGUGGAUUCUGGGCGUGGUUCCUCUCCCUUACUCAAGCGCGUCUUGCCUUUAACUGUUUUGUUUUGCUCUUGGUAUUUAUUUGUUCGUUGUUUGGGGGGAGUGUUUAGUUUUUGGUUGAUUGAGAAUAUCCUUCUGCUGUCCUGAUUGGCUUGGUGUUGACUAAGUUUGUGGAGGAACCUGGCCUUGAAUGUGCAAUAAUCCCUCUGCCUUUGCUUCUCAAGGCCUGAGAUCAGCACCCCUCCCAAGUCUCCUUAACCUUUGAAACUGACAUUGUCCAUGUCUGAACAAAGGAAGGUAUGAGGCUCAUCUGUAUCAAAGGACAGCCAUAGACAUGCUUGUAUACAAAGUGCUUCCCGCCC